AUGUCCAUUCGCGCGCCGACAGAGGUUCAGACCGCCUGCGUUCCACCUCUACUUGCAGGCGAGGACUGUAUAGGAAAUGCGAAGACAGGGUCCGGUAAAACCAUGGCUUUCGCACUGCCAAUAUUGCAGAAACUGUCUGUUGACCCGUAUGGGAUCUUUGCGCUCGUAUUGACCCCUACCCGCGAGUUGGCUUUCCAGAUAUCGGAACAAUUUGCGGUGUUGGGCGCGCCUCUCAAUGUCCGGACCGCCGUUGUCGUAGGCGGCAUGGACAUGAUGGCGCAAGCCCUUGAGCUCGGAAACCGUCCACAUGUGGUUGUGGCGACCCCCGGACGCAUCGUCGAUCAUCUACGAAGCGGCAGCGGCGAGUGGGAUCUGUCGAGGGUCAAAUUCCUGGUGCUAGACGAGGCCGAUCGACUGUUGACGUCUACGUUCUCGGCGGACAUGGCGCAUAUCUUUAGCGUCCUUCCUAAAGACAGGCAGACGGCUUUGUUCACGGCUACCUGGACCCCUUCUAUAGAAACUAUCGCCGAUGCCCCGCCUCGGCCUGGUAAACAAAAGCCAUUCGUGCACAGAAUGGUAGCUUCGACAGAGACCGUAGAGUCUCUCAAGCAGUACUAUAUCCUCGUUCCCUCACACGUCCGAGAAUCAUAUCUAUAUCAUCUCCUUUGCAACCCUCCCGAGUCGACCCUUCAUCUCCGCCGGGCGGCACCGGAGCCCUCCAAGACAUCUCGGAAGCCCAGAUCGAAACCGAAGGGUGCUCAGAAAAAGGCACAGGUCGAGGAUGAGCCGGCACAGCCUCCGCCGACGAUGAUAUUCUGCGCCCGCCCUCGGACCGCGGCCUACUUGACUUACCUGUUGAAAACCCUAUCCAUCCGGAGCACGGCCCUGCAUUCGCGUCUGACCCAGCGUGAGAGGUUGAACUCGCUGCAGCUGUUCCGUUCAUCCGUCGUUCCUGUGCUCGUUUGCACGGACGUGGGUGCGCGAGGAUUGGAUAUCGAAGACGUCGCGUUGGUGGUGAAUUGGGACCUCACCGAUGAGCCAGAGGAGUACACGCAUCGGGUGGGACGAACGGCGCGGGCCGGGCGUGGAGGUGUGGCGAUCAGUUUUGUGUCGGAACGGGACGAGGGACGGGUGCUCAAGAUCGAGGAUCGCAUAAAGACGCGGCUCAGCGAAAUGGAGCUGCCCGAGGAUAAGGUGUUGGAGCAUCUAAACAGAGUGUCGACUGCGAGGCGACUGGCAAACAUGGAGCUGCACGACUCCAACUUUGGACAACGAGAGCAGAUACAUCAGGCGAAGAAUAGGGCGCGGCUGCAAGGGCAGGGUGGCGACGGACUGGCGCCGCCGAGUCUGUAG